UCCAUUCACAUGAAGAGCGUCAUGAGCAACAUUCGUAUUGUUUACUACUUCGUGUUGUUUUCUACAUUUGCAUGCGAUUUUCCGAAAUAUUUCCAAAAUGAUUACGUCAUGAAGUACGAAAGGCACUUAGUUCACUUCUACAAUGAAAAGUAUAUAAGAUACAAUCUGACUUACAGCAAAGUGAGCAAAACAAGUAGAAGAUUCCUGUUUACUGUUGAUGUACUUCAAGACAUUGGCUCAAACAUCAAGGUUGUCCUAGAAGCGCUGAAAUUUACAAGCAACGAGUACCGUAGGUUUGGAUUCCGCUAUAAAAAUUCGGACACCAAUUUGACUACUUGUCCCACCAAAAAAGGCAGUUACUACCUGCGAGACCUCAACCUCGACCAAAGCAAGUUUCCGCCCUUCGUUCCGAGAGGACGCUUUAUGCUCAAUGGAUAUCUAUACGUGGAUGAUAUAUUACUUACAAACAUGAGCUUUUAUAUCAAAAUAGUACCAACAAAUCCUCUGGAGGUGGUCAUUAACUAA